AUGAUCGCCCAGUUCGCUGGGGAAGAUCAAAGGAAGUGGGACGAGCACUGGCCGGAGCUAAUGUUGGCAGUAAAUUCGGCAGUCUCAGAAUCCACGGGGUACUCGCCGUGUUUUGUAACGCAGGGCAGGGAGCCAAGGAUGCCGCGAGCCCUGUUAGAUGAAAAUGUGUUAGGCACGGGAGUUGGACAAGGAACACCCACGGAGAACGCGACGAUGCUGAAAGAAAUGUUCGAGAUAGUGCGGAGGAACAUGGAGCGAGCUGCCCAGGACCAGGCGCGGCAUUAUAAUUUGAGGAGACGGAAGUGGAGCCCAAAGGUCAGUGAGACAGUGCACAGUGGUCCGGCUUUGUGGGCAAAGGAGCACCACCUAUCAAAGGCAGCCGAAGGAUUCGCGGCGAAACUUGCGCCUCGGUAUAACGGGCCAUAUACGGUAGUGGACUUCGUGUCGCCGGUAAUUGUCACAUUACGACACGGCCGGACAAAGAGGGCCCAUGUUAGAGAGCUGAAGUGUCAAGAUACGGAGGCAACAGCAAAGGAAUGA